AUGAAAAAGAGGUUGUUCAAGUCGGCUUCUUCUGUACAGACUGACAGGCCCAAUAACAUUGCGCCUGUCAACAGGGACCACGACGGCGGAAACGAGGUUAUCAGAGUCUGUUCUGCGCAUGCGUACGGCGUCGUCAACAAGUACCUCAGCGCAUGCGCAACAAAACUUCAAUCACGAACGAACGCUCGAAUGAGAGUCGUCCCCCUGAUCUUUCGACGCUCUGCUGCAGGUGGAGCCUUUUUCCUGACGGCCUCCAAAGCACCUGUGAAGAGAAUUCGGGCCGACGAUCUCCUCGUCCAACAAGGCAUCGCAGAGACGCGGAGCCAAGCUGCUUCGCUCAUUCUCCUCGGACAUGUUGCGGUUGCCACGGGUGGGAAAAGGGGAAGGAGCAGAGACGGGAAAACCCGUGCUAAAGAGGACCCGACAAAUCUCUCGCCUCUACCUGUCGAGGAGCCAGGACGCGACGAACGCGGCAAAGACCGUCACGGCCCUGAGCCUCUUGUGUGCCAUGGAGAAGAAGGAGCGCAGUUGCAGGCGGCGAUUCUGCUGUUGCGACACUCGCCGAGGGAGCAUCCAACGUUUGUGACCCAUCACGAGCGGCUACAAGCCUGGCAUCGCGUUCUCUCUAGUGGACACUACCGACUUCUAACUAAGGCCGGAGAGCCUCUCCGACUGGAUGCAGCGGAGACGCCGUCCCUGCUGCUGCGCCCUCAGCCCCGUUUCGUGAACCGAGCCGGGGAAAAACUCGAGGCUUUCCUUUCCAGCGUUUCCGCCCGUUCUGUGUCUCUGGAGAGCCCGUUCCCUCCACCGCCGUCCUCUGCUUCCUGGUUUUCCUCGCCGCAUGCGCGCGCGCCGUCGGCUGUCGCGCCUUCGGUCGAUGAUGCAAAGACUUCCCGGUGCCUCCCCGGGGUGGGGAGACGCUUGGCACACGAAGCAUGUGGGGCCGAGAGCGCGGCGAAGGACUCGAUGAAGGAAACAACGGCCGCGGGUAACAGUUCAGAGACUGACAGGGACAGGAACAAGCAAGAACGAAGGGAGGAGAGAAAUCCGACUCCCGACCCACGCUCGGCACGAGGUCGCGACCGAGAUCUCCCAAUUUGUCAGUGGGAGGAAGAACGCGACGGCGAAAACGAAGACGCCAGCAGGGACCAAACGGUUUCACAAGUGAUUCAUGGUUUCUCCGGAGAAGGAACGCCAGAGAAGAAAUCGGACAUCUUCUCUCUUGAAGGAAAAACAGUCCUCGAUGUAGGAUCAUCUACAGGCGGCUUCACAGACUGCUGUCUUCAACGAGGAGCCGGCAGCGUGGUGUGCGUCGACGUCGGGAGGGGCGAGUUGCAUGUGAAGCUUCGAUCAGAUCCCCGAGUGGUGGUUCGCGAAGGGGUCAACGCUCGGUAUCUUACAGCUGAGGACGUCGGGCACGAAGCAUUCGACUGCGUGCUUGUCGACCUUUCGUUCAUUUCCUUGAAAAAAGUCCUGGAGAGAGUCUGGAGCUUCGUUAAACAGGAGGGACUCCUCAUUCUUCUCGUGAAGCCUCAGUUCGAGGUCACUUUGGCCGAGGCAACGCGGUUCAAGGGGGUGAUUAAGGAUCCAGAAAUCCGCUCUCGCGUCAUUUCGGAGAUUCGUUCUGUCUCUUUGUCGCUUGCCGGCUGUGAAGAGCUGGCCUCGCAGCCUUCAGCUGUGCGCGGCAAACGCGGAAACAUCGAGCACUUUCUUGCCUUUCGCAAGGUAGCUCCACAUCACGUGGGGGAUGUAGACAGGUCGUGCGUCACAUUUUCCAGCGAUCCUCAUUCGCAGCAUAACGUUGCGAGAGAAUCCAAGUGCGGCACCCGUUUGUGA